CCUAAACACAAUCUGAGGCGGCUGCGCAUGCUGCAUCUUUGUUGGUAGGGGCGAGGCGCGGACGGUCUUCCUGAACCCAAAAAUCAACUCUUCCGUACAACUGGAUUUUGCCGAGCCAAACCACACUUGCCAAAAAUCACUUCUCCAAAUCGGUUGCCGCCAUGGCUACGCACCUCUUGCCCACCACUCGAAUGUCUCUAAGCCCCAACCUAGUUUCAGCUCCGCCUUCUCGCAGACGCUUUUUGUCCACGAAUUUUAUGUCUCCAUACGUCGGGGGAAGCUUGUCAGGCGACUUUUCGGGUCGCAAGAUCCGGCCCGAUUCCCUGAACCCUUCUUCCUUAUCUACUCGUAAAGGCAAGCGCGGGGUUGUUACAAUGGUUAUUCCCUUCUCAAAGGGAAGUGCCUGGGAGCAACCUCCACCAGAUUUAGCAUCCUACUUGUACAAGAAUCGAAUUGUGUAUUUGGGAAUGUCCCUAGUUCCAUCCGUUACAGAAUUAAUUCUAGCUGAAUUUCUUUACCUUCAAUAUGAAGACGAGGAAAAGCCAAUAUACCUUUACAUAAAUUCCACUGGGACGACCAAGGGUGAGAAAAAGUUGGGCUACGAAACAGAAGCCUUUGCAAUAUAUGACGUUAUGAGUUAUGUGAAGCCGCCUAUCUUUACCCUGUGCGUCGGCAAUGCAUGGGGAGAAGCAGCACUGCUGCUAGCUGCUGGUGCAAAGGGGAAUCGUUCUGCCUUACCCUCGUCAACAAUCAUGAUAAAACAGCCAAUUGCCAGGUUUCAGGGCCAAGCAACUGAUGUGGAGCUUAUGCGAAAAGAGAUUAGAAAUGUUAAGGAUGAGUUGGUUAAACUCUAUGCCAAAAAUUUUGGGAAAACUACCGAGGAGAUUGAAGCAGACAUAAGACGUCCAAAGUAUUUUAGUCCCAGCGAGGCUGUUGAAUAUGGAAUUAUCGACAAGGUUCUUUACAACGAGAGGACCAGUGAGGACAGAGGAGUCAUGUCAGAUCUCAAGAAGGCACAGCUCAUAUGAAGGAGACUGAACUCAAAUCAAAUCAAAAACUGUUAACCACCAUAGCAGGAUGCUUACAAUCCUCAUCUGCACACCGAUGAAUAACCACGAAAAUAUUGUGGUCGUGUCAAGAAGCAUGUUGUAAUGGCAACUCAGGUAAAGUGCAUAUUCUUUUGCUGCAAUGAUCAUCAAUAGUUCACUGUUAUGCCGUACUAAUGUGUAUCUUUUAAACGGAUAACUUCAAUAUGCAAUUCCAUUUUGAGA